AUGACUACGGAUUCGCUUGCGUAUCAUCCGACUGAGUCUCUGAUCCUCCCGACCAAGCGCCGCUUCUUCCCUUUCAAAAUCCCCAACUUCCACCAGCAACUUCGCAACUAUAUUAGCACCUCCGACCCGGACAGGAUCUACGUUGUAGUGGAGCGAGUCGUGUACUCGAUUCACGUCUCAUCGCAGAAACGGGAGACUAUUGCCGUUAUCCCUUUCGAGCCCAAAUGUCUUGCUGCUGGUUACGGCUGGAUUGGAGUAGGGGGCGGAGAGAACGGUGAAUGCGCCUUUAUCAGGCUAUCUUCCGAUCGGAGUGCGCGCGUCCGUGCCGAUACCCCGGCCUUCCAGCCCUCGGACGUGGACAGUGCUCUGCCAAUCGAACUUGAACCUCCCGCGAGAAUCUCACCUCCUUGGUUGCCUGGCGAUGAACCUGGACCAGCUCGCCACGGUGGGAGAAGGCAGGCUCCAGAAGUGCAGUUGCACAAAUUUGGGGGCACCAUCGUCAACUCAGUGACCAUCCACCGAUUACCUGGGGAUGGUAAAGAGUUAGCGGAGGAAGAUAUAGCGGUUCUCAGUAACAAUGAUAAGACCGUUACCGUCUACUCUUUGGCCCGGUCAAAAGUUCUCAAAGUGAUCCCCCAUCCAACAUGCAUGAAUUAUGCGGUCGUGUCACCCGACUCUACUCUUCUUGCCGCGGUUGGUGACGAAACACGUGCAUAUUUUUAUAGGGUUAUCCGCAACCUUGAUGCUGUGACUGUGACGGAUGAUGGUGACAAAGUUUGUGGGUGGGAUUGGGUGGACCUUCGCUGUAUAGAGAUGGAUAUAGGCACACGCUUCGACGACGGAUGCUGUUUCACCAUCGCUUUUUCUCAAUUUAGUCGAUUAUGUGCGAUCGGAUCGCAAUCUGGAGUCAUCACCGUCUUCGAUGUGAGGUCCAUCCGUGACAUCAUCCACCAGCCUGACGACAACACGGUAAUUUGCCGUUUCAACUCGUCAAGGCCUUGCUGCAAUGGUGGCGCUGUGCGCUGUAUGGCAUUUGCGCCUGAGCCCUGGGACCUCCUAGUGUGGCUUGAAGACAAAGGGCGGGCUGGAAUUGCCGAUGUUCGUCAGGCUUUUAUUCGCAGACAGGUUCUUGAAUUGGAUAUGAACGAACCCGACAUGCAGGAAGUCCGUACAGAGCCAUUGUUGGAUGACUUGAUAUUUGAACUCGAUAGUCGGGUUUCUCCAGACACACGCCAUGAAUUCGAUGUGGCACAACGAGCAUUCCUUGACUCGUUCGAGGGGUCAACUUAUAACCAAGGCACGACAGGUUCGGACAAUUCACCAUUGAGUGAGAGCCUGAUACAGGACCUCACGGAAAGAGAGAGGCUGAUAGUUGAAUUCUUGAACACAGCACGCUGGACGUCGAGGAUGGAAGAUGGACUUGCAGAACGGCGAGCUAGAGCUAAUGCUCAUCCACACCCUGCAGUUCGCCCACGGUUUCACGGCCUCACAGAUGAGGCCAGUCGAGCCUCCCGUUAUACUUCGCCUCCACGUCAUGGAGAUGAAGGUCGUGACUCGCAUCGGGAGGAGUCGCAAACAGAAGCUGGUGACCGUAGACAACAUGCGAGGCGCCAAGGCUCUAUUCUGCUGACUCCAGGAAAUAAUGAGACGAGUAGUCGGACGCCAGAAACGGGGCUGGCAAACAUUGAUCCGCAACCCAGCAUUACACUCAGCUGGACCGCAUCACCCUCGGAUAUGUACCCCAAUGUUUUGGAAAACCCCCCACACGUUGCAGAUUCGAGCUCAAGUGAUCCCAGUAGUUCUGGAAACGAACUAGGACCUGCGACUCGACCGCAAGGGACGACGAAUCGCCCCUCCGCCAACUUUGACUAUUCUAAUACCACCGCGGACUUACGGCCCGAGAGGCAGGAUAGUACACCCGAGGCCCUCCACGAUACAUCGCGGCUCUCGAGUACCGAAUUGAGAGCCAGUGUGGCAGUGGAACGCCUUCGAAGGCAGCGACAGAAUCUGACUGAACUACACAGCCGGCAUAGUCAACGUGAGCAGCGGUAUCGGCAGCAACCGUGGGGUUUGGAACAGACUCGAUCUCCUCGAUGGAUUCGGAAUGUAUUGAACGAACUCCCCGAUCGUAGCUUGGGGGUGGGUCGGGAUCAGGACCCAGGUAGCACAGCCGGAAUUGGCUGGGGUACUGAUGGGAGAACAUUGUAUAUCGCAACCGUGGACGGGAUUUUCGAAUACCAGGUCGAUGUAACGGACAGGAAGACGUUCCCCGUCAUCAACUACCGUUAG